GCUUCCCUUCCCCAAUUUAGGGAGGCACCUGGUCCGUGGAGAAGGUGAUCCAAGUGCCCUCCAAGAAAGUGAAGGGCUGGCUGCUGCCUGAAAUGCCAGGUUUGAUCACCGACAUCCUGCUGUCCCUGGAUGACCGCUUCCUCUACUUCAGCAACUGGCUGCACGGGGACAUUCGACAGUACGACAUCUCUAACCCACAGAAGCCCCGCCUUGCUGGGCAGAUCUUCCUUGGGGGAAGCAUUGUUAAAGGAGGCCCUGUGGAGGUGCUGGAGGACCAAGAGUUAAAGUGUCAGCCGGAGCCCCUAGUGGUCAAGGGAAAACGCAUUCCUGGAGGCCCUCAGAUGAUCCAGCUCAGCUUGGAUGGGAAGCGUCUUUACGUCACCUCGUCGCUGUACAGCGCCUGGGACAAGCAGUUUUACCCUGACCUCAUCAGGGAAGGCUCUGUGAUGCUGCAAAUUGAUGUAGACACUGUAAAUGGAGGGCUCAAGUUGAACCCCAACUUUCUGGUGGACUUCGGGAAGGAGCCCCUUGGUCCAGCACUGGCUCAUGAGCUUCGGUACCCAGGGGGUGACUGCAGUUCUGACAUCUGGAUCUGAAGGCUCGCCCCAAAGCCCCUCCUCUAUGGUUUGAGCCCUCCCUGAGGAGCCUGGCCUCACUCUGCUCACUGAGUGGCCACACUGAGACUAGUGAGAUCUACUGAGUAGCAUCUCACGACUGUUGCUUGUUGUCACUGUGCUGUUCCUAAAUGAGCUCUUGAAGCCCCAAGAAAUAAAAUGCUGAGCCUGUCCUCAGAGCACUGUCAUGGA